UUCUCACCUCGUACUUCAACUUUUGCUUCUUUUGUUCAUUUUUCUACUCCAAUUUUGGAUUAAAAAACCCAAUUGCUAUAUGAAUAUUUUGUACUUGUUUGCACUAGUAUGAUUUCAGAAACAAAUUUAAACUUUUGAAAAAUUCUACACUUACCUAGUUUUUUUUUUUUGCCCCCAAUUUGCACAAUUUUGGCAUUAACACUUCUCUGACACAUAUAAACUAGUUGCUCUAUAAGCCUAUAGUACUACUCAAUAUAAUAGUAGUCCUUCCUUUUGUGUUAUAUAUCACAUAUAUAGGAUGGAGAACUCAAUAGAUUGGGAGCAAAAGAAUCUGAUACAUCAUGAGCUAACACAAGGAAGAGAGUUAACUAAGCAGCUCCAGACACAUCUCAAUGUGCCAUCUUCAUCACAAGAAGCGCGGGAACUGUUAGUUCUCAAGAUCUUGAAGUCCUAUGACAACGCGCUCUCAAUGCUGAAAUGGAAUGGCUCAGUGGCAGAGCUGCAGCCCACAGCAGGAGGAGGAGGAGGAGCAAUUGGGACAUCUGAAUCCCCGCGUUCGUUCAGUGGAAGUCCCCAUAGCGAAGAUUCUGAUAGGGAAUUCAGGGAUCAAGAUCACAAAGAUGGCUCUAGGAAGAGAAAGUGUAUGCCAAGGUGGACAAAGCAAGUGCAAGUUUGCCCUGGGACAGGACUUGAAGGACCUCUUGAUGACGGCUUCAACUGGAGAAAGUAUGGGCAGAAAGACAUUCUUGGGGCCAAAUAUCCUAGAGGCUAUUACAGAUGCACUCAUAGAAAUGUCCAAGGCUGUUUGGCUACAAAGCAAGUCCAAAGAUCUGAUGAAGACCCUACAAUCUUUGAAAUCACUUACAGGGGAAGGCACACUUGUACUCGGGGCUCCAUUUUACCAGCUCAACCAUCACCUGAAAACCAAGAACCAAACACACCCCAAGAUCAUCAACAACAACAACAACAACAACAACAACAACCAGUCCACCAACCACCACAAAACCAAGAAAUACUCAUCGACUUCAGAACAGGCCUCAAGGUCAUAACCGAAAACUUGGACAAUCAACAAAACUCAUUCCCUUCUUUCAUCUUCCCUUCAACAUCCAACAUUAAGCCCGAAAACCAUCCUGCUUAUUCGCCUUCCAUGCUCGAAAACAAUCUCAUGGGGAACUUCUCGUGCCCUUCAUUCGUCUCCCCUGCAACGUCCGGAUCAAACUACUACUCGGUGUCACCUGCACAUAUGAACAGCUUUGUGGGGACAGGGACUCAAAAUCUGCACACUACUUCAGAAUGUGAACUCAAUGAGAUUGUUUCAGCUACUUCAGCUACCAACUCUCCGACUGUUGGCUUGGACUUCCCAUUUGGUCCGGUGGAGUUUGAUCCGAGCUUCACAUUUGACAAUCCGGGCUUUUUUUCAUAAGUCUUUAUUCAACUUUAGACAUAGAAAUAAAGAUCCAAACGAUAUGUUUGAUAGACACAUCUGAUGUUUGGAAAUAUAAUUUUGUAUUGUUAAGGUAGGUACGUGACAUUAGGCUAAUCCUAUAAUUUAUUCACGUUUGUUGUUGCAUUUGUAAGCAGUUCUGAUCCUGUGUGGAAGAGUAAUUAUAUAUAUAAUUGUCGUUAUCAAUCUUGAUUUAGAAAAUUAUUGUACUUCAUUGUUGAAUAACCUUCAAUUUCUUAAUUAAG